AUGAACCCCGCCCAUCUCCCGAUUCACGACCAACUCGACCACUUCAAAGCCGCCGUCUCGACCAACAAGACGCUGCUUACGGUCCUCUCACGCGCGCCAUCUCUACACCUGUCCAACUGGUACCUCGCGGGCGGUGCCGUAUCCCAAACAAUAUGGAACUACAUGUCUGGCCUCCCUCCCGAACACGGCAUCCAAGACUACGACCUCGUCUACCACGACCCCUCUGACCUGUCGUACGAGGCAGAAGACGCCGUGAUCCAAAGGGGCAAGACCCUCUUCGCAGACGUGCCAGUCCAAGUCGAGAUCCGCAACCAAGCACGCGUCCAUUUGUGGUAUGGCCCCAAGUACGGAAUCCCCUGUCCGGAACACAAGUCUACCGAGUCGGCGAUAGAGCAGUGGCUGACGACGAGUGCAAUGGUGGGAAUUCACGCGCUCGACGACGGGAAGUGGCAUGUCUAUGCGCCGAGGGGGUUCUCCGACUUUUUCAACCUUGUUGUCAGACCGCACCAGGAGCUGGGCACCAGAGAGGCCUACGAGAAGAAGGUGAGCAGGUGGAAGGGGAAAUGGGACAAGCUGGUUGUGAUUCCCUGGGCUGUGCACCAUGGAGAAUCAGGGCAGUGA